AUGAAUAAUAAAAGUUUUAUUUCCAAUCAAACGAUUUGUCUACUCUGUGGUUUUAAACCUUUGGUAGUAAAGAAGUUUAUAAUAGAGAGACAUUUCAGAACUCGUCAUUUGCUCGAAUAUUCCAAUUAUUCAAAUACCGAAAAAUUGAACAUAAUCGAAGGAUUAAAGCUGGUUUACCAAGAAGGUGCACUACCACCUUCUAUCAAUUCUUCUUCUCAAAAAUCUGUAUUAGCUUCUUAUGCCAUUUCUUUACUUAUAGCACAGAAUGCAAAACCAUUUAGUGAAGGUGUUUUUGUGAAGAAUUGUAUUAUCGAAGCGGUAAAAGCUUUCGGUAAUUCUUUAACACUUGAGGAAGCAAUGAGCAUUCCCCUUAGUUCAAAAACGAACGAUUUCUCAUGUGUCGAAGAAUUGUUAGACUUCGUCCCUUUACAUGGCACAACAACGGGACUUGAUAUAUUUUUAGCAGUUCAAAAAUCACUUCAAAAAUUUGGUGUAGAUCUUAAUAAAUGUUCUUCGAUUACAACUGAUGACGCAAGAAAUAUGACGGGUUUGAAGAUAGGAUUCGCAGGUCAAUUAAAGCAGCGAAACAGUAACAUUCCUGUUAUACAAUGUAUAAUUCAUCAGGAAGCAUUAAGUGGCAAAGUUGUACAAUUAUCAACAAUUAUGGCCACUGUGUCUAAAAUAAUAAACCUAAUUAAAGGUGGACACAAAUUCCUGACUCAUAGGAAAUUUCAAUUAUGUCUGCAGGAACAUAAUGCUGUUCAUACAGAUGUUCCGCUCCAUUGCCCAGUACGUUGGCUUAGUGCUGCAAAAUAUGCUAAGGGUGAUAAAGACGAAACAGCGCAACCGCAGCCGGAAAUGCUGUUGCAGCUGCAGCAGCAGGUACAACAACCGUGGUUGCGGACGCAGCCACAGGAACCGCGGCAACCGCAGCCGCAGCCGCAGGAACCGCGGAAACUGCAGCCGGACCCGCUGCUGCAGCUGCAGCAGCAAAUAGAGGAGCUGAAGAAGAAAAUAGAAGGGUUACAACAAAAAAAAGCAACAUGCUGGAUAUAUCCCACAACAGACGGCCCAUGCACAGCAGCCGCAAAAUUAUUACAGAUCGCCGCUAUUAGAUUUAUAUGA